UAGGCGAGUUUGUGUAGAUCUACAGCAUCAUGCUUAGACUUUUCAAAGAGACAAACUCCAUUUUCUUAUGAAUGGAAAGUGAAAAACCCUGUUCCGCUUAAAUUGGGUUCUUUCCUGUCCUGAGAAACACAACAGACCCCAAAAAGGCAAGCUGAAGAGAGAACACACACACAGACCAAGCGACAAGAAAUGACCAUGACCACCAUGCCAGAGAGUCUAAAUAGCCCCGUCUCAGGGAAGGCUGUCUUUAUGGAGUUUGGGCCGCCCAGCCAGCAAAUGUCUCCUUCUCCCAUGUCCCACGGACACUAUUCCAUGCACUGUUUACACUCCGCGGGCCACUCUCAGCCUGACAGCUCGUACAGCACAGCUUCGUCCUUCUCCCGACCGCUGGGCUACCCCUAUGUGAACUCGGUCAGCAGCCACUCGACCAACCCCUACAUCAGUUCAGUGCAGUCCUACCCCAACAGCUCCAGCCUGACUCAGACCCGGUUAGAGGAGACAGGGGCCGAAUCGGAGAAAAGCACUGUGGUAGAAGGAGGGGAAGUUCGCUUUAAUGGGAAAGGGAAAAAAAUCCGCAAACCCAGGACUAUUUACUCCAGUUUGCAGCUACAGGCUUUGAACAGGAGGUUCCAGCAGACUCAGUACCUGGCUCUCCCUGAAAGAGCCGAGCUCGCAGCAUCUCUGGGACUCACCCAGACCCAGGUGAAGAUUUGGUUUCAGAACAAGCGUUCCAAAUUCAAGAAGCUGAUGAAGCAAGGAGGGGCCACCCUGGAGAGCAGCGCCUUGACCAACGGCAGGGCUCUCUCGGGCAGCUCGCCACCCGUGCCCCCAGUGUGGAAUACCACCUCCGCCUCCGGUAAGGCCUCGUCGGGGACCCCGGGCACCUAUAUCCCCAGCUACACGUCGUGGUAUCCUUCGGCCCACCAAGAAGCUAUGCAGCAGCCGCAACUGAUGUGAUUAUAAAUACGUUUUCCCCUAAUGCAAGCACUGUCCGUCCCAAAAAGAAAUAAAAUUAUCACGGAAAAAAAAAUUAAGUAAAAUAAAAGGAAAGGGGAAAAAAAUCUAAAAGAGGGGGGAAGAGAGAGAGAGAGGAAAAAAAUACAAAAGAAACCCAAGCAAACAAACAAACAGGAGGUCUCUUGCCCAUCCAGCCAUUAGGACGCUGCACGGUAGCUCGGUGCAGGAGAGCACAGAUGUGAUGCGGGCCGGUUCCCACCGCUGACAGCUGACGGAGCGGCCCUGAGCACCGCACAACAGCCUGGGAGCAGAGCGAGCGCCGGCCGCGGCUUUGUGGGACAAUCAGAAAAAGAUGUUGGGGGGGAGGAAAGCCCUCUCCUCUGUCCUGUCUGUCUGUCUGUGUCUGUUGAAAUGUAGGUCAUUUAUUUACUACCCCGAUCUGACGGUCUCUUCAAUUGCAAGAGGGAAGGAAGCUGUACAAUUUACCAGAGCUUCUUUCCCUCGACAUUUUCUGUACCUUUCACUAUCCAUCUGUAUAUUUUUUGUUGUUGUUAAAAGGGGAAGACAGGGGUUUUAUUUAUUGAUUUAAAUUACCACUAUGAGAGUGCUAGAAACAAACUCAGCUUGCUGAGUGCACUGCUCGGACGCACAAUUUAAACGAAACCACAGACGGUCCGUCGUCCCGUUCCCCCCGCCCCUCCUCGAAUAAAUCACCACGAGGGAAGGAUGCGAUUUUAACUUUGACGAUAACUUUUAUACUUCGCUGGUGUGGAGAGGUUUGGUCCGAAUGAUUUGCAUUUCUCGCGUAUUUAACAAAGGAAAUAAAUGCACAUUAUUUGGUACUCUGAAGUGGAAUCGCAGCAGCUGCCGAGCGCUUUGCUGAGGUGAAGCAAGGCGCGGAGGACGGAACGAGAGCCCCGAGGGAGGCGGUGACGGGGGGGACCCGCCGGGAGGGUGGGCAAGCGCACCCGCACAGUCCCGGCGCGGCCUCCCCGCGCAAAGCCGGCCCAAAGUCGAAAUGCACAAACCGACGUGCAGGAGCUACUCACUGUACAUAUUUUAUUCUUUAUUAUUAUUAUUAUUGUUCUGUAAACAUGUUGCACAAAUUUAGCCUUUUUUAAUUAUUAUUUCUGUUCUGUUUCGUGUGGCUGUAAAACAUGAUGCUUUGUGUACUGAGAUCUUGACAUUUUACUUGUGAAAGUCGGAAGAUGUGAUAAACUGAGCUCGGCUGUGUUUAGUGUUCUAUAUGUCAAAGUUUAGUUUUAUAUUGAGAAUGUUAACUUAUUGCUUUGUAUCUGGGGGAGGAAAUGGAAAAAAACCACACAAAUCUUUGUACAUAAGUUAUAAAGUUUCUUUGAGACAGUAAAAUUAUGGUUUGGAAAAAGA